AUGAAUGACCACUUAUCCCCGGAUCAAAUCUACUGCGUACUUCGGUCAAUUGCUUUGCAUUUAAUACUAAUAUCAUUUAGGUCUAAAGUGGUUGACGGAACUCUUUUGAACGGAAAAACGGAAAGAAAAAAGGGAAUAAACGAUUUAGCAAUACUGAAAAUAGACAAAAUAUUACCAUAUAUUAUCAGAAAUCUUGCUAAAACAGUAAAUAAUAACGAUGAUACUACGAUGCCACAUCAAACAGAUGCUAUUACCACUGAUUACCAUUUCCAUGUUCGUUUCAGUAAUAGUUGUAUUGAUACACUAAGAGCAGUAGUGGUAAAUAGUAUAGUAGCAGUAGUGAUGAACUGA